GAUGUUAAAUGGUUGCAGUCUGUAGUUCUUAAAGGGGCGGUGCUGUUAAAUAAGGGCUUUUGGCCCAAGUUCUCGAGAAGGCUGUCUAUGGGCGUGAAGUUGCCUGUAAAAGUACCAAAACAUAGAAAAGUAUAGACACACUGCCUCUUUCCCUUGUUCAGAUAAGGACAGUUAGACCUGCGAGUAGGGGCUCUGACGAGCAAUUGUUGCAUGAACAGACUGUAAUUCCAAGUUCCUUUAGCUGGGUUUGGCUGAAAUGAUGUCUCUUAAUAAUGGCUUCCUCUUUGGAGGUUCACUGCUGCUGUCUCUUCUUCCUGCCUUUUUGCUCCAUAUUGCUGGAUCUACUGCUACUGUACAAGGUCGUGGAGUGAAAGGUCAAGAGAGAAUUAAGGACCAAACUCUUAUAUUGCUGGAUGUGAAUACCAGGAGCCGUGUUCGGACAGUCAGUGAGAACUUUCUUUCCAUCCAGCUGGACCCCUCCAUUAUACAUGAUGGUUGGCUUGACUUUUUAAGUUCUAAAAGAUUAGUAACCUUGGCAAGAGGCCUGGCACCCGCUUAUCUGAGGUUUGGAGGCAAAAGGACAGACUUUCUUCAGUUUCAGAAAAUGAAGAGUCCCACAAAGCGUCCUGGUCCAGAUUACUACCUCAAGAACUAUGAAGAUGACAUUGUGAGGAGUGAUAUUGCGUUGGACAAACAGAAGGGAUGUAAGAUCGCACAUCAUCCAGAUGUCAUGCUAGAGCUGCAGCGAGAGAAGGCAGCCCAGAUGCAACAGGUCCUAAUGAAGGAACAAUAUUCAAACACAUACAGCAACAUCACAAUAACAGCCAGGUCUCUAGACAAACUCUACAACUUUGCUGACUGCUCUGGGUUACACCUGAUCUUUGGUCUUAGCGCUUUGCACCGCAAUCCUGACAAUUCCUGGAAUGGAUCGAGUAUCCUCUCCCUCCUCAAGUACAGCGCCAGCAAGAAGUACAACAUUUCCUGGGAACUUGGCAAUGAACCAAACAGUUACAGAAUGCUUAUGGGACGUGCUGUGAAUGGCAGUCAAUUGGCCAAAGACUAUGCCCAACUGAGGAUGCUUCUGCAGACAGUGCGGGCGUAUACCAAAGCAAGUCUCUAUGGGCCCAAUAUUGGAAGACCCAGAAAGAAUGCUCUGGGCUUGCUUGAUGGGUUCAUGAAGAUGGCUGGCCAUGUAGUGGAUGCAGUGACCUGGCAACACUACUACAUAGAUGGAUGUGUGGCAAAAGUGACGGACUUCACAAAAACUCGACUCUUGGACACAUUGUCUGAUCAAAUCAGCAAAGUGCAAAACGUAGUAAAUUCAUAUGUACCUGGAAAAAAGGUGUGGCUUGGUGGAGUUGGACCAGCCUGGGCUGGAGGUACCAACAAUCUCUCUGAUACGUAUGCUGCUGGAUUUUUGUGGUUAAAUACAUUGGGCAUGUCUGCAAAUCAAGGCAUUGAUGUUGUAAUUCGACAUUCUUUCUUUGACCAUGGAUAUAACCACUUGGUGGACCAGAAUUUUAACCCUUUACCAGAUUAUUGGUUGUCCCUACUGUACAAACGCCUUGUUGGGCCAAAAGUCCUCACAGUGCAUGUUGCAGGCCUCCAACGAAAGUCAAGGCCAGGACGUAUUAUUCGAGACAAGCUACGAAUUUAUGCCCACUGCACAAACUACAACAGCCAUCACUAUGACCGGGGAUCUGUCACACUUUACAUUAUUAACCUGCAUCGGUCAAGAAAGAAAAUCAAACUAGUGGGCACACUACGGAAUAAAGUGGUCCAACAGUACCUUCUACAGCCAUAUGGGAAGGAAGGUCUUCAGGCAAAGUCAGUGCAGCUGAAUGGACAACCGCUGGUGAUGCUCAACAACGAGACGUUUCCAGCGUUGAUGCCACGCACCAUUCGACCUGGAAGGACACUGAUUAUGCCACCACUUUCCAUUGGCUUCUACGUAGUUAAAAAUGUUUAUGCAGUUGCCUGUAGGUAUCGGUAGUGACAAGAUGGACACACCAUUACUAAAAUAUCUGGAGAUGAACUUACACAAGACACUUCUACAGUCAAAAUGUACAACAGAAAAGAGCCCUGUGCCACAACGUAUGCAUAUUUUCAGACACUUGUUUUAAUCAGUCCACCUCCAGAAUUUAUGUAACUUAUGAUUAAGCUUUUUCUUCCAUUCAUAUGAUGACAAAUUCAGACUGUUACGGCGGGGAAAGGAGAGGGUAUGCCAAAACUGUAUCAGAUCCACUCACCUGUUGUAUCGCAUCAAGCAGCUGUUAGAUAAUCGAUCCACUCAUGCAUGCUGUCUGUCUUCAAGAAAACUAUAGAUGCUGUGAAUAAACAUUCUUAAUGCAUUUAUGUAUGGCCAAAACCACCUUUAACCUUAGAAAAGACUGCUGCAUUCCAUCAACAUAAUCAAAAUCCCUUGAACCCCCUCCCUUUCCCCAUCUUAACUGUGUUUCGUCUACUUGACCUUUGAGUACAUCCAUUAUGAACUGCGUUUUCAAUAUGACAGGAUUCUUUCUGAAUGUGUAGUUUAUCUAAGGAAGAGUACAAAAUGUCCCUUUUAAUACAUUAUUUGAGGUAAAUCUUUGCUACAAUGUUUAUUUAUUUAUUUUUCAUUUCCAGUGUCUUACUGUCAGCCAUAGAAACUAAUCUAUAACCAGAAGAAAAGUAUUUUGAAAGACCACAUCCCCUUUUUUUACUUUCCUGUUUUUCAUAUAUUUCUUCAAAUGUUGCACUGAACAAAAUUCCAUAAACUGAAGUUUGUACAGCUGCCUUGUUUGUACUCCAGUAUUUCUAUAGCCCAAGAGAGAAUUGUGUUGAGUUUCAUUGGUCCAUAUUGCUGUUUUCUGACUAUAAUGGUUGUGUGAUCUAGUCCCACACUAUAAGCUCAAGUUUUUCUUCACUGUUGCAAAUAUAUACCUGUGUAAUGUCAAAUGCCAUGUUGUACUGCAAACAAUGUUUAAAUAAUAUUUGCAUCGCUAUGUUCAGAGAUAAUAUUCUGCAUUAAUCUUGUUGUAAAUGUCAUGUCUUAAAUUAUAUUUUAUG